GCCGCCGGGCCUGAGCGCCCCCCGGGCCGCCGCUCGAUGUGGGCGCGCAGGUGCGGCGCGCCGCCCCGAUGGCCGUCCAGGGUGAAGGUUAUAUUCUUCAGCUUCUUCUCGGGCACCAUCGGCAUGUCGAUCUACACGUACAUGGCGGCCAGCAACAUCAGCUUCCUUGAGGUGGAGUCGCCCGCGUCGGAGGCCGUCCUGUGCCUCACGGACUGGCCGAUGCGGGACAUCCCGAUCUCGUGGACCACCCCUGUCGAUCUGAUCAAGUGGUGGACGAACCCGGGCCUCGACGUCAGCGAGAGGAUGCGCCAGCACAGAUGCAGCGUGCCCGCGCUCGCGGGGGCGACGUGCGGCGCCAUGGCGGUGCCCGUGAGGGACGUGAAGAGGCCGCUGGCGCUCGCCAUGGACUGGGACGCCCCGAACCACUACGAUGUGCUGGGCGUCUGGGCGCGGCUGUUCCUGACGAUCACUUUCCUCAUCUGGGUGGGCAUGACCACACACGACUUGGCUUUGAUUGGCCGGUCGAAGAAUUACAUUUUGGACUUGGCUGGCGUGAACGAGCAUUGCCCUCUCAUACGGAAGGUUUGGCGGCGCCUCGUUGGACUGAAGGUCAACGUCAUGGGCGCGUGGGAAGCAUGGGAUAUUAACAAUUGCUACGCGUACGUCGGAAACUCGUUCACGGACGCACAGAUCACCUUGGGUGUUUUUAGGUACGCUUUGCAAAAUACGGGCAUCUCGAAGGACGUCCUUUCUUUUUAUUUUGGGGGCUCUCACAUCCCGCUUAGCAUUCAGCGGUGGGCCGGAGGUGGACUGACCUGCGUCGAAACGGGGAACCUCAUCAAGUCUCUUUGGACAGGGGGCAGCAAGGGGAAGACCAAUUUCGAGUGUCAAGGGGACGCAAUGAGCCAUCAUAAUAAAGGGGCCGUCGCUUUGAGGUUGGGUUUCCAGAAAGACAUCGCGGUCGAGAACGUCACGAUUUCGAAUCUCAUGAACAAGGGGGUCGCGGAUGCGGCUCCCUAUCGUUCAGCGGAAGAUUACCAAGGCUUGGACGCGCGCGCAGCCACGACUUGUCAUUCUGCGGCGUGGAGCGGACUGGACAUCAGGUUCAGCGGUAAAUUCACGUCCACCGACGAGAACAGGGUCGUCCCAUUAUCUGGGAUGAGGAUGCGGGGCGAUGAUCUGACAAUCUCGGCGCCACCUCCAAGUCCGACGCCCAUUCGGGCACCAGCCCGCGCGUAG